CGCUGCGUGGCGUGUGGCUGCGCGGCGCGGGCUGCAGGGCGCUGCUAGCCGCCGGGAGCCCCCCAUGGCCGCCCCGCCGGAGUGAUUCGCCGUGCGGCCGCGCCCACCUGCCUGCCGCGCCCUCCGCCAAGGAAGUGCCCGGCGGUGUGCAAGGCCGGCCGGCAGGAGGGCGUGACUCCGCGCUGCUGGAUUCCCGGCCCCCCGCGCCCGGAGCCCGCCGCAGCCCGAGCUGGGGCCAGCUGAAGCAGGACAGGCGAAGGAAGGAGGAGCGCAGCCGGAUCAGUUUUCAGAUGAAUAAGCACGGAGUGAGCACGGGGCUGUCGUUUUUCUCAGGCAGCGAUCUGAGAUAGGGCCCAGCUAGCUGACCUCCGCUGCCUGUGUGGAAGCAGAAUGUUUACCCUGGCAGAAGUUGCAUCACUUAAUGACAUUCAGCCAACUUACCGCAUCCUGAAGCCAUGGUGGGAUGUAUUUAUGGAUUAUCUUGCUGUUGUUAUGCUAAUGGUUGCCAUCUUUGCUGGAACCAUGCAGCUGACCAAAGAUCAGGUGGUCUGCUUGCCAGUAUUGCAGUCUGCUGUAAAUUCAAAAGCACAACCCAGCAUACCAGGGAAUGCUGAUGUUACACCAGGAUUUGAAGCAACCACUGAUCAGGAUAAAGAAAUGGCAAUGAGAACAGUUUCUGUUGAAAGUGCACCUACCAUAACACCAGACAUACCACUGAGCAGAACUACCUAUUCUCAGUUGCAAUCAACUGUAUCAAAUCAGGAGCCGAAGAAUGAGAAACAGGAUUCUUCAGGCCGAAAAACCAAUUUGGAUUAUCAGCAAUAUGUAUUUAUUAACCAGAUGUGCUAUCAUUUGGCUCUUCCUUGGUAUUCAAAGUAUUUUCCCUAUCUUGCUCUCAUACAUACUAUUAUUUUAAUGGUCAGUAGCAAUUUUUGGUUUAAAUAUCCCAAAACAUGCUCAAAAAUUGAACAUUUUGUGUCUAUAUUAGGAAAGUGUUUUGAAUCCCCGUGGACUACAAAAGCAUUAUCUGAAACAGCAUGUGAGGACUCUGAGGAGAACAAACAGAGACUAACAGGUGCCCAAUCCCUGCCAAAGCACGUUUCCACUAGCAGUGAUGAAGGAAGCCCAAGUGCUAGUACUCCCAUGAUAACCAAGACGGGCUUCAAGUUUUCAGCUGAAAAGCCAGUGAUUGAGGUUCCCAGCAUGACUAUUUUAGAUAAAAAAGAUGGAGAACAAGCCAAAGCCCUGUUUGAAAAAGUUCGAAAAUUCCGGGCCCAUGUGGAGGACAGUGACUUGAUUUAUAAACUCUAUGUUGUCCAGACAGUCAUCAAGACAGUCAAGUUCAUAUUUAUUCUUUGCUAUACCGCUAACUUUGUAAAUGAGAUUAGUUUUGAGCACAACUGCAAGCCAAAAGUGGAGCAUUUGAUUGGCUAUAAGGAAUUUGAGUGCACACACAAUAUGGCUUAUAUGUUAAAAAAGCUGCUUAUCAGCUACAUUUCUCUCAUUUGUGUGUAUGGUUUUGUUUGUCUGUACACACUCUUCUGGUUGUUUAGAAUACCCUUAAAAGAAUAUUCCUUUGAGAAGGUCAGAGAAGAGAGCAGCUUCAGUGAUAUUCCUGAUGUUAAAAACGAUUUUGCAUUUCUUUUGCACAUGGUAGAUCAAUACGACCAGUUGUACUCCAAGAGAUUUGGUGUCUUCUUGUCAGAGGUAAGUGAAAACAAGCUGCGUGAAAUUAGUUUAAACCACGAGUGGACAUUUGAAAAGCUUCGGCAGCACGUCUCCCGCAAUGCACAGGAUAAGCAAGAGCUGCAUCUCUUCAUGCUAUCAGGGGUCCCUGAUGCAGUGUUUGAUCUGACAGACCUGGAUGUGCUGAAACUUGAGCUGAUUCCUGAAGCAAAAAUCCCAGCUAAAAUCUCCCAGAUGACUAACCUUCAAGAGCUUCAUCUCUGUCACUGCCCUGCAAAGGUUGAGCAGACUGCUUUCAGCUUCCUCCGUGACAACUUGAGAUGUCUUCACGUGAAAUUCACAGAUGUUGCAGAAAUUCCUGCUUGGGUGUAUUUGCUCAAAAAUCUCCGUGAGUUAUACUUGAUAGGCAACUUGAAUUCUGAAAACAAUAAGAUGAUAGGGCUUGAAUCUCUCAGAGAGUUAAGACACCUUAAAAUUCUCCAUGUGAAGAGCAAUUUGACCAAAGUCCCCACCAAUAUCACAGAUGUGGCACCGCACCUAACAAAACUAAUAAUUCACAAUGAUGGCACCAAGCUUGUGGUACUGAAUAGCCUUAAGAAAAUGAUGAAUGUAGCUGAGUUAGAACUACAGAACUGUGAACUGGAGAGAAUUCCACAUGCCAUUUUCAGUCUGUCUAAUUUACAGGAUCUGGAUUUAAAAUCAAAUAGCAUCCGCACAAUUGAAGAAGUCAUCAGCUUCCAGCACUUAAAAAGACUUACUUGCUUAAAGUUGUGGCACAAUAAAAUAGUCAACAUUCCUUCCUCCAUUACCCAUGUAAAGAACUUGGAGUCACUUUAUCUCUCCAAUAACAAACUCGAAUCCUUGCCAGUCGCAGUGUUCAGUUUACAGAAACUCAGAUGCUUAGAUGUAAGCUAUAACUCAAUUGCAGCAAUUCCAGUGGAAAUUGGAUUGCUUCAAAAUCUGCAGCAUUUGCAUAUCACAGGAAACAAAGUGGAUAUUUUGCCAAAACAGUUGUUUAAAUGUGUGAAAUUAAGGACUUUGAGUCUGGGGCAAAACUGUAUUACCUCGAUCCCAGAUAAAAUUGGUCAGCUCGUGCAGCUAACUCACCUGGAACUGAAGGGAAACUGCUUAGAUCGGCUACCAGCUAUGCUAGGACAAUGUCGGCUUCUCAGGAAAAGCGGGCUUGUUGUGGAAGAUCACCUCUUUGACACUUUGCCUUCAGAAGUUAAAGAAAUAUUGAAUCAAGACACAAGCAUUACCUUUGCUAAUGGGAUUUAAAUACCGGUGUAACUCCCAAGCAAUUGACUUCCAAGCAGCAAAUGCUAAUGUACAAGUUAUUACAAGAUCAUGAAUUUUAGAAAUACUGGAAUCUUUAUAAGAAAGAACUAUUAGCAGGAUGAUAGGUGAUGUAACUGAGUGUUCAGUGUUUGUAGCAUUUUAAAUGAUCAUUUCCAAUUUUUUUGAAAGAAAAAACCCUUAAUCUCAAUUCUUUUUCUUUUAAAUUGUUUGUAACUUGGAUGCUGCCGCUUUUGAAUGUUUACAAAUUGCUUGCCUGCUUAAAGUAAAUGAUUGAUUAAACCGAUGACCUUUUUCUUACUA